AUGUCUGGUUGUGGAAAAAGACUCACACAGGAGAGAAACCAUCUGAAUGUCCUGAGUGUGGGAAAAGUUUCAGUCACAAAUUCAAGCCUGGUGAAACACCAGAAGACUCACACAGGAGACAAACGCUUUGAAUGUUCUGAUUGUGAGAAACAAUUCAGUCGGAAUUCUCACCUAGUGAGCCAUCAGAGGACUCACACGGGAGAGAAACCCUUUGAAUGUCCUGACUGCAGGAAAGGUUUCAGUCACAAUUCCAGCUUGGUUCAACACCAGAGGACUCACACAGGAGAGAAACCCUUUAACUGUUCUGACUGUGGGAAAAGUUCCAGUAACAAUUCCAGCUUGGUUCAACACCAGAGGACUCACGCAGCAGAGAAACCCUUUCAGUGUCCUGACUGUGGGAAACAAUUCAGUCGGAAUUCUCACCUAGUGAGCCAUCAGAGGACACACACAGGAGAGAAACCCUUUGAAUGUCCUGAUUGUGGGAAAAGUUUCAGUCACAAUUCCAGCUUGGUUCAACACCAGAGGACUCACACAGGAGAG